AUGUCAUCACCAACCCCCUUUGGAUAUUGUUACGGCAUUAGCCCAAACGAAGAGUACAGCCGCGAGGCAUCACUCCUGACUCCCAUCACGCCUUUCCCCAAUGAUCUUUCUCUACUCCCAGAUGGAAGUGCUAGUGCUUGGGCUACUCACCAUGACAAUGAAGAAUACCAACGUGAAAAUCUACGUUCCUACACCACACAAAUUCUUCACGAACUUGAUGCAAUUACGGAAAGAGAUUUGCAAAGCUCUAGCCUUUCCAACCCAAUUCUUCCAUGUCUACGCCGAUCUCAAUGGGAAACGAGGGAUAAUAUGGUGACGAAGAAAGAUGCUGAUCCAUACGUGUCGGAUGGGCCAUCAAUUGGACAAAAAGAGAAUGUGGUUUGGUUGGCUGAGAAUGAUUUGGUGUGGAAGGAAUUAGUGCCGAUAUUGAGGCUGGCGAGUUGGAUCAUAUUGAAAAUAUCGAAGACUCCUUGGUUCGAUGCCAUGAUGAUGUCUGAACGGGUUGAAGUACCCUCUCAUCGAUUUAACGCCGAUACUAUUCUUGAUCACCUUAACGAAGGAGUUUACCAAGUCCAAAAUGAACUUACCCAAAUUAGAUUGCGCCCCCUCGAAAUUGUCACCAAAGGCAAAGCGGGAGAUCUCAUGCACUUUUUGAUCAAUCACGUACUCAUUCCUCGGAUGACCAUAUGCUUCGUGAGUGAAACCAUUGAUCCUUAUACUGGGGAGUCGAAUUCUACCAACCGCGAAAGUGGAACAAGAAAAUUUGGAUCAUGUAUAGGACACGAUGAUGGGAAAAUUACCCUUACGCUUUCUUAUCAACAAAUCGCUCCAUUACUGAAUAAGCAUUUGAAUGAUGCAGAAAGGUUGGCUGAACGGCUCGGGUUCUCCGCCACAUCAGAUUUCUUUGGUGGAUAUCCUGACGGAUUCAUCAAGUACAUUCCAGUAUACAACGCUCCACAGAUGGGAUUCUUCCUCACAAGUUUCCCGAAUACCUGGGCGGAAACAUCACAACCAACACUAAAGCUCCCAUUGAAAACAAACACAUCCAUGGAUAUCUCAAUACCACUCCCAGUGACUUACUACGAAACCUUAAACUCCAAUCACUUCUGGGAAGAACAUGUCACUGCAUUUGGAAUGAUUAACGCACCAAAAUCCAUGGGCCAAUCAAUCUUUACUCAACCUCACGGAUGGAGAAUACAGCAAGAGGAUGAAGAAACCUUUGCAAAACAAACGAGAAUAUUAUUUUGCAAAUCCACAUCCGAUCACACCCCCUAUGCGCGCCAUGAAAUGGCAGUCUCCACAUUACACUGGAAUAAAGUAGUUCACUAUCACAUAUUGACCCAAAGUCGAGACACGAAAGCAAUUGAAAUCAUGGAUCAAUCAGAGUGGUUAAUCAAAUCAAGUAGGAAACAAUAUGAAGGGUAUUCGUCAGAUUUCGCUACUAUGAUCGAUGGUAUGGGAGAAUUAUUAGAAAUCCACGAGGAAAUCAUCAAUUGGAUACCGGAAAUGGAUAAGUAUGCCGAAGAAGCAUCUUCAUACCAUAUAAUCCCUAACGCGAGGAUGUCAGCGAGAUGUUUUCAUCGAGAUUUUUUGAGGUUCAUGAAUGCAUUGAUCCUGAGUAAUAAUAAGAUACCAGAACGUCAAAUGGGAUUACAGAAUAUUAUACUCCGAUUACAGAACCUAAGUACAGAAAUCCCAUUCCUGAAUCCCUCCGAGUCGAUAACUUCACAAUCCGACUUACUGGAUGAGCCGCCGGAAACCGAAAAAAUGAAAUCAAUACAUUCUGCAUUUCUCGCAGCAUCCGCAUCCGAAUCAGAUGAAGCAAACCAGCACUGCGCACAAUUAUGCAACGAAGUGAUUGGGAAUAUAGGCUGUUCAUUAUAUUCACAAGCACAAGCUCGAGUGUAUAAAUCGAGAUUGAGUAUGGUUACUAUGGAUUACGGGGAGAAAAUCGCGUUGUUGAGGAGAGCGAAGGAUACUUUUGAUGUGAUACGUGAGGGAAUUGUUGGGGUUGGGGGUUUGGUGUGGUGUGAGAAGGAGAAGGAGAGGGAGAAGGAGAGGGAGAGGGGGAGGGGGAGGGGGAGGGAGAGUGAGGGUGAGAGUGAGAGGGAGAGUGAGGUUGGGUGCUUGGAGGAGUAUGUUAGAGAGUGUAUGAUGAUAUUGGAGGAUGGAUUGGCGAAAUCGAGGGGUGUGGGGAUGGGUAUGGAAAAGUGA